UCAAAAUUUUCAACCCAAUUUUAACUCCACUAAGUCUCAAACCUUUAACCCAAACUCAACAAGAACUCGUGCCUAUCAUAACGAACAAAGAUUCGCUAGUUUAUGCAAACUAUGUAAAGCAUCCCCGGCGCACCCUCUCAAAAUAUGCCAAAAAUUUAAAGCAAUGCAAGUACAAGAACGGAUAAAUUUUGUACGAGAAAAUAAUUUCUGUAAGAAUUGUCUGGCUUUUUCCCAUACAUCAAAAGAAUGUGGAAGCAGCUUUACUUGCGUGUACUGCCAAAAGCCACAUCACUCGAUGUUACAUAUAAACUCUA